ACCGACGUCAACAACAACAUAGGCUAAUAUAAUAACAGUGCAGAAACGUGAAGACUACUCAUUCAUAGCUGAAUCUAAAAUAUCGGUAGUGAAUACAAACUGUGAUCAAAUUUGAAUAGUUCCAUGUCUGAUAAAAAAGUAUUUGUGACUGUAGGAACCACACAAUUUGAUGAGCUCAUACACCAUGUUUCAUCAUCUCAAACAGUGGAGGUAUUAAAGAAACUAGGAUAUACAGAGUUAAUGCUACAGAUAGGAAAUGGUACUGAACCAGAUAUUCCAGAUGUUAAAAACUUUGAUAUAGAAUAUUACCAAUUUAAAAACUCUUUAGAGGAAGACAUCCAAACAGCUUCAUUAGUUAUUAGUCAUGCAGGAUCAGGUAGUAUUAUGGAUGUAUUAGGAGCAAAGAAACCUCUAUUAGUAGUUAUUAAUGAAAAACUGAUGGAUAAUCAUCAGUAUGAAGUUGCUGAGAAAUUUGCUGAUGUUGGUUAUCUUUAUUAUUGUACCACUAGUAAAUUGGUAGAAACAUUAGAGUCAGUCAACUUUACAGACUUAAAGCCAUAUGUGCCUGGAGAUCCGUAUAAAUUUGCUUCAGUUUUAGACAAUAUAAUGGGAUUUUCUUUACCCAAAUCAUAGCUGUUAAUGUUGAAAUCAGUAUUGGUUGAUUUUAACAUUGUGUUCAGCUGGAAUGGGUUGUCUAUUUUAAUGUGGUUUUAUUUUAGUGUAUACAACAAUUCAUACAAUGUAUCAAUCAAGGGGUAGGCUUUUCACUUUUUUUUGUAGAACUGUGUAAGUAACGCCUAUCCCUUGACUGUUUUUUGGUACCCUGCGAGGCACAGGGGUAUUGUAGAGCAAGUAUUGAAAGGUUUUCCAAAAUUGGCAUUUGUAAUGGUAAAAAUUUGCAGCAACUGGCUAUACAAACAUGGAGUGGAGCAACUCCUUUAAAAUGUGACAUUUUGAGUCUGGCCCAAACCGUGACAAUAUUAAGGCCGAGGAUUAGUAGGGCCAGAUUUGUUAUAGAAACAAUUUGGUUGUUAGGUGAAUUGCAUACAAGAAAUCGUAUUGUUAUCUGACAUAAAAAUAUCAUUUUGAUAAAUGAGGGUAGUUUACAGAAUAAAUAAUGACCUCAACAUGACCUCGUUUCAAGGAGACACUACUGUAUGUGGACUUGAGUGGGUGAAUUGAAUUUUGCUAAUUAUUUUUGUGGGAAUUGUAAAAACAACUUUUGGCAUUGGCAAAAAUAAUUACGGUGGAAUUCAAGUACAGUUAAAUUUUGUAUACCGAGCUAACGAUAUCUGUAGAGGUGUGGCAUUAACCUUACUGUACCAUGUACAAAUUACAAUUGUACAUUAAUAUUAAGGUCUAGGUCAAAAUGGAGGUUUGGUUUAUUUAUGUUUUUCCUAGAGGGUUUUAAAUAUAGUUAUUUUGUGUUUGUAUCUCUUGUUCAAGUAUAGGGGAGGCAUAUUUUCUGGGUUUGGAUUCAAAACUAUAUGUAGCUUUUAAAAUCAAAAUCAAUUAAAAUUUUCAAGGAAAUCAAAAUAUAAACAAAAUGACGUCUAUAUUCAGGAUUAAAUUGUUUUGGCUAACUUGUUGGCUGUGGAAUUAUUUACUUGCUUGAAGGAAAAGUUUACCAUGAAAUCAAUGAUAGUACUUGAAAUUAUCAACAAUUUUGUUAUGUUCAUGGAUAAAAAAUUUGAUCUGCAACAAGAUAUCACAUUAAAGUUUUGUAAAG